CCCAUCUCAACUCCUCUCAGCCUCUCUCCACUUGCAUCUCUGUAUGUCGCAUCUCUGAAAAAUCUGGGAGUGGCAGGAAGGAGAGCCAGAGGACAAAGAGAAAGGCAGUAGUGAAGCAGCUAAAUAUUUACGUGGCAUCACUGCAUUUACAACAGCAGAAUGGCAGAGGGCACAGUGUCUAUGGCUGAGGUGGAGACUUCCUUCCAGAAGUUUGCAGUACAUGGAGACACCAAAGCGACUGGAAAAGAGAUGAAUGGAAAGAACUUUGCCAAGAUUUGCAAAGACUGUCACAUUACCGACGGCAAGAACGUCACCACUACGGAUGUUGAUAUUGUUUUCAGCAAAGUCAAGGCAAAGUCAGCUCGUGUCAUUACGUUUGAGCAGUUCAACCAGGCCCUGAUUGAGUUGGCUCCGAAGCGUUUUAAAGGCAAGAGCAAAGAGGAGGCUGUUCAGCAGCUCUAUGGCCUCAUUAUUGGGAAAGAACCUGCCAAUGCUGGAGUCACUAAAGUUGCAAAGGCAGCCGCAGUGGAGAGACUGACUGACUCAGCCAAGUACACCGGCUCUCACAAGGAGCGGUUUGAUGACUCAGGCAAAGGGAAAGGGAAGGGUGGACGUGAGGACAUUCCAGACACCAGUGGAUAUGUGACGGCUUAUAAGGGCAGUGGCACUUUUGAUGAAAAAGUAAAAAAUCCAUGAUCCUGUUAAAAUUACAAACCCCUGCACUGGCAACAGUUUAAUGAUGCAUAGCAUGUAUAAAUACUAAUGUAAUAAUGUAUAUUUAUGUCUUUUAUUUUAUAGGAACCAAAGAUAGAACGCUUGCUUUCUAGAUCAAUUCGGAACCAUUAAUAAAAGCUCUGACAUAUUGUGCUGUUAUGCUUAAGCUGUAUUGAUUUCAUGAAUAAUUAAUCAUUGGUUUUGAGAAGAUGCCCCACUAGCAGCCACUUUUUAUAUACCAUGCUAAGCUUUGCUACAUAAAAAAAUUAAGCUUCUUUCAUAAUGUACUGAGAAAAGAUUCUUCAAGAAAAAUUGCAAUAAACUUUACAGAUGAUGUGGUUAAAGGUGAA